AUGGAGGGGCGUAACCCCGUGCGCCAAUUUGUUGAUGGCCCGAAGCCUUAUGACAGAAUGUCAUUGACUUUUGGUGUUUUCAUUUACAUCAAAUGUUCCGGAGCUCAUAGAAGUCUUGAAGUACACAUAUCCAAGAUUGCUGAGAAGCACAACUUUUUGAUCUUCGAAGAUCGUAAGUUUGCUGACAUCGGAAAUACAGUAACUAUGCAAUAUGAAGGAGGAAUAUUCCGCAAAUUGGACUGGGCUGAUAUUGUUAAUGCGCAUAUAGUACCUGGACUUGGACUCGUAGAUGGCUUGAAGCUGAAGGGUUUGCCUAAAGGAAGAGGGCUACUUUUGCUUGCUGAAAUGAGUUCUGCUGGCAACCUUGCUAAUGGAGAUUACACUGCUGCAGCUGUAAAGAUUGUUGAGCAACAUUCUGACUUUGUGAUCGGAUUUAUAUCAGUAAAUCCUGCAUCUUGGUCAACAGCACCAUCAAGUCCAACGUUUAUCCAUGCCACUCUUGGAGUUCAGAUGGUCGCUGGAGGAGACGCUCUUGGGCAACAAUGCAACAUUCCUUAUUCUGUCAUAAACGACAGAGGCAGUGACAUAAUUAUAGUUGGACGUGGGAUUAUAAAGGCGAGUGAUCCUGCUCAGGCCGCAAGGGAGUACCGCAUCCAAGGGUGGCAAGCCUUGUCAUGAGAUGUUUAAACUCAAGGGCAUACAUGCGACUGAUAUAAUAAGAGCAUGUCCCAUCAUCGUUGCACUCCAUAUGCCCAAUAAUUUUUGCUACAACAAUUUUCGUUCUGUUCAUUCCGUUCUUGUUGAUUGGGUGUUGUGAUGCUUGAGCUGGAUCAGCUAACCUGAAUGUCCGCUCCAUCUCCCACUCUAGAGCA